UGCUCUUCGACUCUGCUGAACCAUUAACGGAACCUGUUGAUUAGAUAAAUAGCUAAUUUCAAGGAACAUUUAUAACUGCUGGUUCAGGCUGCUAAGCUCUUGUAUAAGUUAUGAUGACUUCAUAUAUCAUCAUAAAGUUGUAAUCUCCACCGCCAUGACAGAGUCCGAAACUGAAAAUAUAAGCCAUAUUCCCCUUCAAAGGCAUCAACACAGAGAAAUAGACAGGCAGCAGAUGGGUAGCUUGAAAGAGGAAGAGCUGGUACAAAUGGUUCAAGACUACAUAGAAUCAGAAUCACCUUCACCCAUCUUUCCUGAUUUCUCAAACCGCCACCUUCCUUCUUUUAACCAUCUAUCUGAACAUUCUGCUUUACAGGAGAUUCUUAGGACUAGGACAGAAACUGAGAGGGAGGUUCUUGAGCAUGCAUUGAAGCAUAUUAAAGGCAAAAGGGAUGUCCACAAAACGAGUGGUUUGAAGAAGUGGCUUGCCAUGAGGCUUAAAAUGAAUGGCUUUAAUGCUUCUUUCUGUCAAACUUCUUGGGCUACUUCCUUAGGAUUGUCCUGGUGUAAAAAUUUCCCCCGUGAUUAUGAAUACAUUGCCAUUGUAGUGGAGAAUGAGAAUGGUACUGACACUGUAAGGCUCAUAGUAGACAUAGAUUUCAAGUCCCAAUUUGAACUUGCAAGGCCCACACCAACCUACAAAGAGUUGACAGAUGCUCUCCCGUCCAUCUUCGUUGGAAGUGAAGAGAAGCUCAACAAGAUUAUCUCAGUGCUUUGCUCAGCUGCCAAACAAUCCUUUAGGGAGGCAGGACUCCAUGUACCACCGUGGAGGACCAGCACCUACAUGAAGUCUAAGUGGCUCUCUGGCGGUCAUAAAGUUGCAGCAAAUAAUGCUGGUUUGGGCAGAGAAAAUAGGGAAGAAGAAACAAAAGGUGGAGCACAUAGUUUUAGCAAAUGGGCACCUCCAAUGGUAAAGGCUAAAAGAAGGGAUUUGGGUGGGGGUGGGUCUGCCUUGUCUAGUCAGUUUUCUAGCAUGGGCAUAAACUGUUGCUAAUAAUCACAGAUUGCUUUAGCUUCUAACUUUUGGCAGAGAGAUUCUCCAAUUUUGGUCAUCUUCCUAAGUGUCCUCUUAUGUUAUCUAAGAAUUGGAUCUUUUGUUUGUACUAGGAGAUCGGCAAUGAGAUUGACAUCACCAACGUUGUCCA